GAGGGAAAGGCAGGAGGAGACGAGAAGGAGCCAUGGCUGAAGUGCGCAAAUUCACCAAGCGGCUGAGCAAACCGGGCACGGCGGCUGAGCUCCGGCAAAGCGUCUCCGAGGCGGUGCGAGGCGGAUCCCCCGGGAGGGAGAAGACGAAGGCGAUCGAGCCCUUGGACUACGAGAAUGUCAUCUCUCAAAGGAAAGCCCAGAUUUACAGCGAUCCGCUCCGGGAUCUGCUCAUGUUCCCCAUGGAAGACGCCUCCGUCUCCGUUGUGCGCCGCCAGAGGAGGACGGUCCAGUCAACGGUGCCGGAUGAUGCCCUGAAAAAGGCCCAGAGCCUCUUUGUCCAAGAGUGUAUCAGAAGCUACAGCUCCGACUGGCAUGUCGUGAACUACAAAUACGAGGACUACUCUGGGGAUUUCCGGAUGUUGCCGUGCAAAUCCUUCCGGCCGGACAAGAUCCCAAGCCAUGUGUUUGAACUCGAUGAAGACUUUGAAAAAGACGAGGAUUCCUCAUCUUUAUGUUCGCAAAAGGGUGGCGUGAUCAGACAAGGCUGGCUCUACAAGGCCAACGUCAACAGCACCAUCACGGUGACCAUGAAGGUCUUCAAACGAAGGUAUUUCUACCUCACCCAGCUCCCCGACGGCUCUUACAUCCUCAAUUCCUACAAGGACGAAAAGACCUCCAAGGAAUCCAAAGGAUGCAUUUUCCUAGAUUCAUGCAUCGAUGUGGUCCAGUGUCCAAAGAUGCGGCGCAACGCCUUUGAGCUGAAGAUGCUGGACAAGUACAGCCAUUACCUGGCAGCUGAAAGCGAGCAGGAGAUGGAGGAGUGGCUGGGGACCCUGCGCAAGAUCAUCCAGGUGAAUGCGGAGAGCCUGGUGCAGGAGAAGAAGGAGGCUGUGGAGGCCAUGCCAGAGGAUGACUCCACCAGCCAAGGAAAGUCGGAGAACAUCCUGGAGAGCUUGGAGCGGAGCAUGCAUCCGGAGCUCAUGAAGUACGGAAGAGAAACGGAGCAGCUGAACAAGCUCAGCCGAAACGACGGGAGGCAGAACCUCUUCUCUUUCGAUCCGGAAGUGCAGAGGCUGGAUUUCUCCGGGAUUGAGCCAGACGUGAAGCCGUUUGAGGAAAAAUGCAGCCAGCGCUUCCUCGUGAACUGCCAUGCCUUGACUUUCAACCUUGUGGCCCAACUGAACGACCAGGCGAAGGAUCCGCCAACAAACGUGGAGCCAUUUUUCCUCAGCCUGGCUUUGUUCGAUUUGAAAAACGGUUGCAAGAUUUCGGCGGAUUUCCACGUGGAUUUGAACCCGUCUCCUGUCCAAGAGAUGCUGCCGGAGGUCUCCGCUCAAGAUCCUGGAAAUAGCCCCCUAAACAACCACUUUUUGGACAAAGUCACGGAAUCGUGUUUGCGCUACGUCAAGCAAGGGGUCUUCUCGGUCGCCAACCCUCACCCAGAAAUCUUCCUGGUGGCCCGGGUGGAGAAGGUCCUCCAAGGGAGCAUCACACACUGUACGGAGCCAUAUAUCAAGAACUCGGACCCUGUAAAGACGGCGCAGAAGGUCCACAAGGUUGCCAAACUGGUCUGCAGCCGCCUCGGACAAUACCGGAUGCCGUUUGCAUGGGCCGCCCGACCAGUCUUCAAAGACUCUCAAGGAACGUUGGAUCUAGAUGGGAAAUUCUCUCCUCUCUAUAAGCAGGACAGCAGCCGGCUUUCGAUCGAAGAUUUGCUCAAACUGUUGGCGGAAUAUAAGAAGCCGGAGAAGACGAAGUUGCAAGUGAUACCCGGCCAGUUAAAUAUUACGUUGCAGUGUGUCCCAUUGGACAUUCCAAAUUGUCUUACGGCGUCUUAUGUCCCCAUCAAACCCUUCGAAAAGCCGGAUCCCGGGGGUGAAGUGGCCGUCGAGGUGGAGGAAUUCGUCCCUGAAAUUGCAAAGUAUUCCCACCCUUUCACUGUCUACAAGAACCAGCUCUACAUCUACCCUUUGCAUUUAAAGUAUGACAGCCAGAAAACCUUUGCCAAGGCGAGGAACAUUGCCGUCCGGGUGGAAUUCAAAGACUCCGACGAAGGGGACUCCAAAGCUUUGAAGUGUUUCUAUGGGAAGCCUGGGGGUCCACUUCUGACCUCAAGUGCCUUCGCUUGUGUCUUGCAUCAUAAUCAGAACCCUGAAUUUUAUGACGAGAUUAAAACCGAGCUCCCCAUCCACCUCCAUCCAAGGCAUCAUUUGCUUUUCACCUUCUAUCAUGUCAGCUGCGAAGUCAACACAAAAGGGGCUGCGAAGAAGCAGGACGCAGUCGAGGCGACAGUGGGCUUUUCCUGGCUUCCCUUGCUGAAGGAUGGCCGGAUCCUGACCUCAGAGCAGCACCUCCCUGUUUCGGCCAACCUGCCCAAUGGAUACCUGAACGUCGGGGACAGCGAGGCACGGAAGCAAUCCAAUGCUGACAUCAAGUGGGUUGACGGGGCAAAGCCUCUCUUCAAGGUCAAGCUCCACAUGGAGUCCACCAUUUACACCCAGGAUCUCCAUCUCCAUAACUUCUUCCAGUAUUGCCAGACAAUCCAAACAGGAGCCAAAGAAGUCCCAGGGGAACUUGUCAAAUAUUUAAAGUGCUUGCAUGCCAUGGAGAUCCAGGUCAUGGUCCAGUUUUUGCCGGUGAUCCUCACCCAGCUCUUCCGAGUCCUCACCCACCAGGCCCAAGAGGAAGACGUUGCCGUCAACUGCACCAUGGUGAUCCUGCACAUUGUCUCCAGAUGCCACGAAGAAGGCCUGGACCAUGACUUGCGGUCGUUCAUCAAGUAUUGCUUUCGACCCGAGAAGCCCUCGGCACCCCAAAACAAGACGACCCACGGGAUCUUGUCCGUCUCAAUGGCCCUGAUCCUCAAGCAGUCGGCAGAUUUCUUGGCCAUCAAUAAGAUGCUGAAGUAUUCCUGGUUUUUCUUCGAAGCGCUGGCCAAGUCCAUGGCCAUGUACCUGCUGGAGGAGAACAAGAUCAAGCUCCCCAGGGCUCAGCGCUUCCCCGAAUCUUACAACCAUGCCUUGCAUUCGCUUCUCCUCGCCAUCAUUCCUCAUGUCAACAUCCGCUACAGCGAAAUCCCAGAGGAGUCCAGAAACGUCAAUUUCAGCUUGGCCAGUUUCCUCAAGCGCUGUCUGACCUUCAUGGACCGAGGCUUUAUCUUCAACUUGAUCAAUGACUAUAUUUCGGGAUUCAGCCCCAAAGACCCAAAGUUGUUGGUGGAGUACAAAUUUGAAUUCCUGCAGACCAUUUGCAACCAUGAGCAUUACAUCCCACUCAAUUUGCCCAUGACUUUUGCCAAACCCAAGCUCCAGAGGGUCCAAGAUUUCUUUUUCUUGGCUCUGGAACGGUUCACUUCCGUAGAUGCGAACCUGGAGUCCAGCUUGUCCGAGGAAUACUGUCGCCACCACUUCCUGGUGGGCCUGCUUCUGCGGGAAGCGUCCUUCGCCCUGCAGGACACCUACGAGGUCCGCUCCCUGGCCAUCAGCAUCCUGAAGAGCCUCCUGAUCAAGCACGCCUUUGACCCCCGGUACCAACACAAGAACCAACAAGCCAAGAUUGCUCAGCUGUAUCUGCCUCUGGCUGGACUCCUUUUGGAUAACAUCCAGCGCUUGGCUGGACGGGACACGCUGUCCUCUUGCAACGCCAUGUCCAAUUCGGCAUCCAGAGAAGAAUUCAUGUGCAAUUUUGCCUCGCCGUCUAACAGGUCCAGCCUCCUGGUCGAUAAAGACCCACUCUAUGGCGGCUCUCUCCAGAACGGCCUCAGCCUCAAGAGGGAUGACUCCAAAGGGUCUCUCAGCUCGGACGGAGGGGCCACCUCUCCGGACCAAAAUGAAAACAUGCGAAGAAGCUCCACUCGCAGCAGCAUCUCCCAGUUCGGGCGGCUGGACCCCUAUGAGAUCCGGAGCCUCCUCGUCUGCUUCCUUUACAUCAUUAAAAUGAUUUCAGAAGAUACCUUGUUAACCUACUGGAACAAAAUAGCGCCUCAGGAUCUCAUGAAUGUCCUUGUCCUCUUGGAAGUCUGUCUCUUUCACUUCAGAUAUGUGGGGAAAAGAAACAUUGCCAGGGUCCAUGAUGCUUGGCUGUCCAAGCUCACGGCCAUUGACCGGAAAUCCCAGACGAUGCCAGCGCUUCGGAGCAGGCCAGGAGCCAUCCAAACCCGGCUUCAGCAUCUCGGCAGCCUUGACAGCUCAUUCACGCUGAAUCACAGUUCCUCUGAAGCUGACAUCUUGCACCAGGCUCUGCUAGAGGGUAACACGGCGACCGAAGUGACACUCACUGUCUUGGACACCAUUUCCUUCUUCACCCAGUGCUUCAAGAACCAGCUCUUGAACAACGAUGGACACAACCCGUUGAUGAAGAAAGUGUUCGACAUCCACCUCGCCUUUCUACGAAACGGUCAGUCGGAGGCUGCCCUGAAGCAUGUCUUCGCUUCACUCCGGUCCUUCAUCAACAAGUUCCCAUCAGCCUUCUUCAAGGGCCGGGUCAGCCUCUGUGCCGCCUUCUGCUACGAGGUGCUCAAGUGCUGCAGCUCCAAACUCAGCUCCACGCGGAAUGAGGCCUCCGCCCUCCUCUACCUCCUCAUGCGCAACAACUUUGAGUUCACCAAGCGGAAGACCUUCCUGCGGACCCACCUCCAGAUCAUCAUUGCUGUGAGCCAACUGAUUGCUGAUGUUGCCCUUAGUGGUGGUUCGAGGUUCCAGGAGUCGCUGUCCAUCAUCAAUAACUUUGCCAACAGCGACCGGCCGGUGAAGGCAACCGCGUUUCCUUCGGAGGUCAAAGACCUAACCAAGAAGAUCCGGACAGUGCUGAUGGCCACGGCGCAGAUGAAGGAGCACGAGAGGGACCCUGAGAUGUUGGUGGACCUCCAGUACAGCUUGGCCAAGUCCUACGCCAGCACCCCGGAGCUGAGGAAGACCUGGUUGGACAGCAUGGCCAAGAUCCACGUCAAGAACGGAGACUUCUCCGAGGCAGCCAUGUGCUACGUUCACGUUGCUGCACUUGUGGCAGAGUUUCUUCAUAGAAAGAAGUUAUUUCCUUCUGGAUGUUCGUCAUUCAAGAAAAUUACUCCCAAUAUUGACGAAGAGGGAGCCAUGAAAGAAGAUGCCGGGAUGAUGGACGUCCACUACAGUGAGGAGGUCCUGGUGGAGUUGCUGGAACAAUGUGUCGAAGGCCUGUGGAAGGCAGAGCGUUAUGAAACCAUCUCGGAGAUCUCCAAGUUGAUCAUCCCCAUCUAUGAAAAGCGCCGUGAGUUUGAGAAAUUGACCCAAGUUUACAGGACACUCCAUGGCGCCUACACUAAAGUCCUGGAAGUGAUGCAGACCAAGAAGAGGCUGCUGGGAACAUAUUUCCGGGUGGCUUUUUACGGACAGGCGUUCUUUGAAGAAGAAGAUGGCAAAGAGUACAUCUACAAGGAACCCAAACUCACAGGGCUCUCGGAGAUCUCCUUCCGGCUCCUGAAGCUUUACGGGGAGAAAUUCGGAGCCGAAAAUGUCAAAAUCAUCCAGGAUUCCAAUAAGGUAAACCUCAAGGACCUGGACCCCAAAUACGCCUACAUCCAGGUGACCUACCUGAAGCCCUACUUUGACGAGAAGGAGCUCUCCGAGAGGAAGACGGCUUUCGAGAGGAACCACAACCUCAGCCGCUUUGUCUUUGAGACGCCGUACACCUUGUCCGGGAAGAAGCACGGAAACGUGGAGGAGCAAUGCAAGCGGAGGACGAUCCUCACCACCGCCAGCUCGUUCCCGUAUGUCAAAAAGAGGAUUGCCGUCAGUUAUGAGCAACAGGUCAACCUGAAGCCGAUCGAUGUAGCAACUGAUGAAAUCAAAGCCAAAACAGAGGAGUUGCAGCAAUUGUGUGCGUCGCCGGACGUGGACAUGAUCCAACUCCAGCUGAAACUUCAGGGCUCUGUUUCAGUGCAGGUCAAUGCUGGCCCCUUGGCGUAUGCCCGGGCUUUCCUCGACGACAAACACUCCGGCAAAUACCCCACCAAGAAGGUGACUGAGUUGAAAGAGAUGUUCCGGAGGUUCAUCCAGAUCUGUGGGGUUGCCCUGGGGCUGAACGAGCGGCUGAUCAAAGAGGACCAGGCGGAGUACCACGAAGAGCUCAAGUCCAACUUCAGGGACAUGGCCAAGGAGCUUUCGGACAUCAUCCACGAACAGCUGUACCAAGAGGACACCCUCCAUUCCUCGUGGAUCGACAACACUCUGCACGUGUUCUGUGCCAUCAGCGGGACGUCCGGGGACGGCUACGGCUUGCUGAGAUUGACCCCCGACCUCUGAGAAUUGAAACAUACUCGCCUUCCAAACUGUUGGUUACUCACUGCGUCCAAAAGCGCAUCCACACUGUGGAAUUAAUGCAGUUUGACACCACGUUAACCCAAUACUGUGGCAUCCUGGGAGCUGUGCUCUGGGGAGGCCCUUCUUAUGCAGAGAAGGCAGAAGACCUUGCAAAACUAGCAUCCUGGAUCAAAGUGGGUCCAAACUGCAUUAAUUCUGCAGCGUAGACGCUUUCCACAGUGCCUCCCCGUCUCCUUUUUGUAUCAUUCCUUUCUUCCCAUUGCAUUGUGAAAUAACGUAUAUACAAACAAGCCGCCAUUUAUCCAACUAAGCUUGGAAACGGUACCAUGUAAACUUGUACAAUGGGAUAUAAUAAAGUGUACAAAUCUUUUUAUAUAUAUAUAUAGUAAACACAA